AUGAAAGCAGUGGUUUUCCACGGACCGGGGAAGGUGACUGUCGAGGACCGACCCAUUCCGAAGAUCCAGGAUCAUGGUGAUAUUGUUGUCAAGGUCGACAAGACAGCGCUGUGUGGCAGUGAACUGCACGUCUUCCGAGGCCACCAGCCAUCCGGAACCGGCUUCGUCAUGGGUCACGAGUUUACUGGACAUGUCCACGAGGUAGGCUCGGCGGUCAAGUCGAUCAAAGUUGGCGACCGCGUGGUCUCGCCGUUCACGACAUCAUGCGGAGAAUGCUUCUACUGCCAGCACGGAUUCUCCUCGCGAUGCACAAAGUCCCUGCUCCUGGGUUCAACUGCCCUGGACGGCGCCCAGGCGCAAUUUGUCCGUGUGCCAACAGCAGAUGGUUCGGUCAUGAAGGCACCGUCUUCCAUCAAGGACGAAGCACUGGUUCUUAUGGCGGACAUCUUCCCCACAGGCAUGUUUGCCGCCAAGAACGGCUUCAAGCACUCCACGCCCGAGGAGAUCAAGGAGAGCGUCGUGGUCCUCAUCGGAUGCGGCCCUGUAGCUCUCUGUGCCCUGUGCAACAUCACCGACUACCAACCCAAGCACAUUCUCGCAGUCGACUCGGUUCCGUCCCGUCUGGAGCUCGCAAAGUCCCUCGGCGCUGAGCCCUGGAACUUCCAGACGGACCGCGAGGGCCUGGACCAGCGCGUAAAGGAGCUUACGGACGGACGUGGCGCGGACAUUGUCAUCGAAGUGGUCGGCCUCUCGCCAGCGCUGAGGAUGGGUUUUGAGCUACUGAGGCCCUGGGGCGUCCUCUCGAGCGUUGGUGUUCACAACGGAGAGAUCCCGUGGACGGGCAGCGAAGCGUAUGGCAAGAACUUGAGAUUGCAAAUGGGAAGGUGUCCCGUCAGGAGCAUCUUCGCGGAAGCGCUUGAGAGUUUGGAGAGGCAUCAAGACAAGCUCGGGUUUAUGGCGGAUAAGAUGAUGCCGCUGAGCGAAGCUGUCCAAGGUUAUGACAUGUUCGACAAGAUGAAGGUACAAAAGGUAGUCUUUGAGGCGCAGAAGUGA